GUGGAGAGAAUGUGAAUGAGAGCGCUAGUGGUGGGAGGCCGCCGAAUCCGCUUGCAGGUAGUUUCCGGCAGACGCCGUGCAAGCCAACGCUUGUUCGCCAUAGUUUUGUACCAUGAAUAUCACUUUGAUAUGUUGGAAUGUUGGGUAGUUUAGUUUUAUUUUGAGUCUUUAGAUUCCUUGUAUUUAUUUGAUUGUUUUGAGAAAUUUUACAACCUUUGGCAAAUAACCCAAAAUAAAACUCAAGACUGCCAAAACUGCCGAAACAUUUCAUUUUGGCGAAGAACUGAUGCUGAAACUGAAACCUAGUUCUUGAACCAUGUUACACUAGGUAGGAGCUCAAGAUAGCGACCGUCUUAGGUGUUGUAUGGAUUGCAAACACUCAUCAAGGACUAAGAUCAAGUCUUGGCCUAGGACUUUUGGGCCCUUGCAUCAUGCCUGAGUUAGUAGUUCCAAGUCGUCCAUUGACAAUAGAUUCUUAAAGAUCUAAUACUUCCCUUUUUAGCUGAAGUUUUAUUAUCUCUUACUUUUAUACUACAGGUGGAGAGCAAUGUGUUUUAUAGGAAUGAUGUCAGGGACAUGUAUUUCAUGUUUAUCUGCAUAUGAAAUGAGACCAUAGGAAAUUCUACCUGUGAGCGUGUUUUUGUAACAUACUAACAUCAUACUUUGCUUUAGAGUCCUAUUUGGUUUGGCUUUUGGACCAGCUUAUUUACUUCAAGCAGUAGUUAGGCAUUUAACAAACAAAAAAUCAAAGCAUUUACUAUAUGGUGAAGCUGAAAUUAAUUAUGGUGAAGCUGAAAUUAAUUUUUGGGUCCCAAAAGCAGGAAUCAUGCAGCUGUUUGGUGGGUAUUUUUGUAGAAAUCUGUUUGUGCUUCUUCGAGCACCUCUACUCAAAAAAAAUUUUCACAGAAGCUCCAACAUGGUUCAAACUGGCCCUACGUUUGACGUCAUUGGUUACCAAACUCAUAUGUAGCAGUUUAUUCUUUAUCCAGCUGUGGAUGGCUUCUUUCAUGGCUUCCUCCAUGAUGGUUUUUUGUUACUAAUUUGGUUGUUUAGCAGGUGAAGACGAGAUCAGUCAAUGUGUCUUCCGAGCCUGAAAUGAGCUCAGAAAAUUGUGAAACUGAGUUUGUCCCUAUUGUACGUUCUGGAGGUUGGGCUGAUAUUGGAUUCCGGCAGAGUAUGGAGGAUGUGUAUGUUUGUUGUGACAACUUCAUGCAGGAUUAUGGGCUAAAGAAUUUCUGUGAUGGACCUUAUGCUUUCUAUGGGGUGUUUGAUGGGCAUGGUGGAAAGCAUGCUGCUGACUUCGCUUGUAGCAAUAUACCAAAAUUCAUCAUUGAAGAUGUGGGUUUUCCUAUGGAGAUCGAGAGGGUGGUUUCCUCGGCAUUCUUGCACACUGAUACUGCUUUUGCAGAGGCUUGCUCUCUCAACUCCUCUGUUGCAUCUGGUACUACUGCAUUGGCUGCCCUUGUCAUUGGAAGGUCUCUCGUAGUGGCGAAUGCCGGUGACUGCCGUGCUGUCCUCUGCCGCAAGGGCAAGGCCAUCGAGAUGUCGCGGGACCACAAGCCAGCCUGUAGCAAAGAAAAGAAACGCAUUGAAGCUUCUGGUGGGUACGUGUAUGAUGGCUACCUGAAUGGCCAGCUGAACGUGGCCCGAGCAAUUGGUGAUUGGCACAUGGAAGGCCUCAAGGACUCCAAUGGCCUUGGGCCCCUGAGUGCAGAGCCCGAGGUAAUGGAGGUUAAGCUCAUGGAAGAGGACGAGUUCUUAAUAAUGGGCUGUGAUGGCAUUUGGGAUGUCUUCAGGAGCCAGAAUGCUGUGGACUUCGCACGCAGGAAGCUACAAGAGCACAAUGACCCAGUUGUGUGCUGUAAAGAGCUUGUCGCAGAAGCGCUUAAGAGGAGGAGCGGGGAUAACUUGGCAGUGGUUGUGGUGUGCUUCCACUUGCGGCCACCGCCACCUUUGACUGCACCGAGGCCCAGGGUGCAGAGGAGCAUAUCUGCUGAGGGGCUUAGGGAGCUGCAGAGCUUCUUGGAUAGUUUGGGUAACUAAAGUCCGAAGGAGGAUUAUGGGAUUUAAUUAGGUGGCUUUUCUUUGUUACUCUUGAUGAUGUUGCGUUUCUAGGUUUAGGGGUUUAGCUGCUAUCUCUUUGCUUUUCUAGUUUUCUUGCUGAGAUGGUGUUGAGUAACUUAGAGAGAGGUAUCUGCCAAAUUGUAACAUACGCGGCCGUCGAGGUUCCUUCUUUUGCCAUUACAAUCAAAUAUUGCAUUGGAUUUUAAGUGGUGCUUUCCUUAA